AUGCUUCAUCACAAUGGAAGGGGUGACAGUAUCUCAUCUUCUGUCUGCGGUGCCUGUGGUAUCAAUCCCAGCAUAUACCACUGUAAGGAUUGUUUCACACCCAUGUUGUCAUGCCAAACAUGCAUUGUUCAAGCUCAUGCUCAUUUGCCAGUGCAUCGUAUUGAGAAGUGGAAUGGUGAAUCCUUUCAAACUUUGACACUUAGAGAUCUUGGGCUUCAUGUGCAACUUGGCCACAAGGUUGGUGAAUCCUGCCUCCUUCCAAAUCAAGCUUUCAAUGAUGAUUUUGUCCUCAUCAACAUGCUAGGCAUCCACCCUAUGGCCGUGGAUUUCUGUGGGUGCUGUAAAGCACAAUCUCACACCCAGCAGCUGUUACGUGUUGGGUGGUUCCCUGCAAUGACAACAGAUCCAAGAACUGCCACAACACUUUGCAUUCUUCGGCAGUUCCACAUUCUCUCCUUUGAAUCCAAAGUUUCUGCUUAUGAAUUUUACCAUUCCUUAGUUCAUCUCACUGAUAACACUGGCCUUUUGAAGCAGAAGGACCACUAUGAAGCAUUCAUGUGCAUGGCAUGUGAAUAUCAGCAUAUAAAAAUGCUGAAACAAGCAGGCCAUGGACAUGAUCCCUCUGGCAUCUUAGCUACAUUGCAGGGCAAAUGCACAGUUCUAUGCCCGGCAUGCCCUCAGCCAGGUAAGAACCUUCCUGAUGGCUGGGAACUUGCUCCAAAAGGAACAAGAUGGUUAUACACUUGCUUUCUCGCGAUCAAUGCCAAUUUUCAUCUGAAGAGGCGCAUAGUUUCAAAGGAUACUGUGGAUCCUAGCCUAUUGCACGGGUGGGGAUACUUCAUUGAUGAGACUACAUACAAGACACAUCUUACCAAUCAUGGCAUGGAGGUUCAACAGAAAAGUACAUGUGCUAGUAACAAUGCAGUGAACAUGGCCAAGACGAAGUCAUCCCAGGGGCUUGCAGCUACAGGACUUGGCACAAUUGAUUGUGUAUGCCACAACAUGAAGCUUCCAAAUGGGGUCAGGGAUUUGCAGAAAGGUGAAAGAUAUAUCAACAUGGAUUUUUUGUUCUUUUCAGUUUUAUGUCACCACUCUCUCAAAGUCCUUAAUGUGUCAUAUGAUAUCAUGUGUCAAUGGCACAAAAAUCUGUGGGCCAGGAUGGCUACUUUUCCCAAAGACUAUCAGAUUGAUUACAUAAUCAAAACUGCUCGCUUCUUUGUCAGGUGCACUGAUGGCGAGGCUCUGGAGUGCGGCUGGUCAAACAUAAACCCACAUGACAUGUUGGAUGAUCACUUUGGCGACUGGAACUGGAAAAAGGUGGUGGACUUAGGAGCAAGUUUAUUACACAAGAUGAAAGAAGCCACACUCGAGAAGGCCACUUUCCAUGUCACAUUCGAGGAACUCAAUGGUGCCCUUACCAAGGAAAAUUGUAUAGCCUGGAAGGCCAAGGUUGAGAUGCGGGAGGAUAACCCUAAUGAUGUGCAUGUACUGAAUCCAUUUGAAGCAAAAUCAGUUGCAAUCAUGCAGGCUGGGGCACACCUGAAGCUCACACAGCUGGAGGCAUGGGACCUGGAAAGGGGGGUGGAUUUGUCACUGCACCCUGAGGUUUCACCUAGUGUCUUUGUGGGAUUGGGUCUCAACUUAGAAGAGGAACAGCAACAUGUGCUUUGGUUCAUGAAGAGUCUCGGUAACCACAUCACUGAUACUCAGAAAGGCAACCUGCAGUGCCAGAGGAACACUUUUCAUUGCAAGGUUGAGUCAUGGAGGACAACACAGGCACUUUACAUGCCUGUCAUUCAGGGUAUCCUCUCAACUUCUACUUCAAUGCCACCCUCUCUUCUAGGCAUCCAGAACAUGGAGGAUGAACUGCGGCUCACUCAGGCACAUGACAUGCUUGAAAAACUUCAUCAAUGCCUGCGGAUAUGUUCAUCCCUCUUGAUGUACAAGAAAGAUUGGGUGCAUGGGCAGGGCAGAAACACAAGGGCUCAGAGUGCAUUUGAGUGGUUGACUUGGAUUUGGAGGAUGAGUAGGGUGGAUAGUGGUGGAGACGGCACAGACAAGGAUGGUGUGAGGGUGGAAUGGUGCAAAGCGCGAGCUUGUGUGAUGCACUGGGCAGAGGAGAAAUGCAUCGCUGUCCUUCAAUUUUUUCGGUGGCAGGCCACCUGGUGGGAUGAGCAGGGGCAUUAG